AUGGAGCCUCGAAAGUCACACGAGAAUGCUGAAGGUAUUGCUGUGGAAGUGGAAGAUCCUCUUCCAGGAGCGGAGAAAGGCAUUAAUUAUGACCCUGCCCUCGCCAGCGCUGCAGACACCCAGCAAUUAGCAAAUAUCGGCUACAAACAAGAACUCAAGCGCCAUUAUUCCAGUAUCCAGGUGUUUGCCAUAGCAUUCAGCAUUAUGGGACUGCUCCCAUCUAUUUCAGCAACAUUGUGGUUCUCUGUCCCUGCAGGCCCUGCUGGAAUGGUGUGGGGAUGGUUCUCAGCAAGUGCCCUAAUAUUUGUCGUAGCCCUAGCCAUAGCCGAGCUUGGCUCGUCGCUACCAACAUCAGGUGGUUUAUACUGGUGGACGCAUUAUUUUGCCUCUGAUCGUUUUAAAAAUCCUCUAAGCUUCCUUGUCGGAUACAGCAACACACUGGGGCUAAUUGGAGGCAUAUGCUCUAUAGACUACGGAUUCGCAUCAUUUAUCGUUUCACUAGGAACUAUUAGCAGCGAUGGAGAGUGGUCCCCUAAUCGCGGAUACCUAUAUGCCAUCUUCGUUGCAACUGUGCUCUGCCACGGUCUGCUUGCAACCUUUUGCGCAAGAAUAAUGCACCAUCUCCAAACCUGGUUUGUUAUCGCCAACAUGGCAUUAAUUAUAGCAACGGUUAUCGCCUUACCAGUGAGUAUGCGAAUCAGAGGCGUUCCGAUCAACUCAGCUGGUACUGUCUUUGGCCAUAUCGCCAAUGACGGCAUUACAUGGCCGACGGGUUGGACUUUUAUGCUAUCCUGGCUCUGUCCUAUUUGGACCAUAGGAGCAUUUGACUCUUGUGUACAUAUGAGUGAAGAAGCUAAAAGCCCAAAAAAGGCUGUACCAGCUGGUACGGUAGCUUCAGUUGGAUGCUGCUGGGUCAUAGGCUUCUUUUUGAACGCCAUUAUAGCCGCUUGUGCUGGUAGCGAUUUUGAAGCAAUACUAGAAUCACCUUUUGACCAGCCUAUGGCUCAGAUAUACUAUAAUGCUCUGGGUAAAAAUGGAGCUUUAGGCUUUAUGUCUGCCAUAUCAAUCUUACAGUUCUUCAUGGGACUUAGCAUUGUAAUUGCGGCGUCUAGGCAAACUUGGGCAUUCUCUCGAGACGGGGCUCUGCCGUUCUCUUCGUUCCUCCGCAAAAUAAGCAAAUCCUUUGGAUACCAGCCUUUAAGGACAGUGUGGGCAUGCUGUCUUACGGCCAUUAUCCUUGGCUUAUUAUCGUUAAUCAACACUGCAGCUGCCAAUGCUCUGUUUUCUCUGGCAGCAGCUGGUAACAAUGUUGCCUGGGGAAUCCCUAUCCUAUGCCGUGUUCUUUGGGGCCAAUCCAAAUUUCGCCCGGGUCCGUUCUAUCUGGGCAAACGACUCAGUGUUGCCGUUUCCAUUCUAGCGCUACUUUACUUGACAUUUGCUACUAUUCUAUGCAUGUUUCCAACGCAGGGACCAAAUCCUGAUCCAACUGUCAUGAAUUACUCUCCAGUUGUCAACGGAACAGUCUGGGGAGGUGCACUACUAUAUUAUUUCGUAUACGCCCACACCUGGUUUAAAGGUCCUAUACACAAUACUCAUAGCGUGGAAGAAGAAGAAGGGAUUUAA